AUGCACACUGUAGUGAAAGUGUUUAUGGAGACAGACUUUUUCGCUUACCUCCACCUGGGCGAGCUCGACAUGGCACGCCUUCGCCAGUCGUGUGAUGACUCUGACAACGAAGAUAGUCAAAUCGAAGGUGGCUCUUCUCAUGUUGGUGCUUCCCCUGGUGCUGUCCUGGCAAAAGCUUCUACCAAUUGCGGGCUCUUACCAUUGCUGGCAGCCUCCUGUCUGUAUCUUCUUUUGCAGUGGUAUCCAACCCUUCUUGGUGUUCAUACUAACAAUACGCGAUGUAUAUGGCGUGGUGAUGUUGUUGCUACCACGCCCUUCCCCCUCUGGGCUACAUGCCCAAGGCUUGCGCUUGUACUUCUUAUCGGGGGCGUGGGUGUCUUUCUCCUCGUCUUUGACCAUUUUGGAUGUGAUUAUCAUGGUCCGUCUUUUUUUUGGGAUGAGCGUGGUGGCCCACGUGGCGAUUUCCCGGAUUGA